UAACGUAAGCCGUUUUCCGCUUUUGUCAAGGGCAUCUGAAGCUAACGCUAAGUGCAGCUGUUAGCACGUGUGUCCAGAGAAGCUCCUCAGAGCCGCAGGUUUAGUAAAUACUCCGGUAAAAACAUGGACGGGUUCGGUUCAGACUUCUCAACGGGAGGGUCCGGCGGUAAGAUGGACACCGGAACCAUCAUGGAGCAGGUGAAGGUCCAGAUCGCGGUGGCCAACGCUCAGGAGCUGCUGCAGAGAAUGACCGAUAAAUGCUUCAAGAAGUGCAUCGGCAAACCUGGGAGUACGCUGGACAACUCUGAGCAGAAAUGCAUCGCCAUGUGCAUGGACCGGUACAUGGACGCCUGGAACACUGUGUCCCGAACGUACAACUCCAGACUGCAGAGGGAACGAGCUCGCAUGUGAACAUCCCACCGUUCUUCAGGCUGCUGCUCACAGCGAGGACCGACGGCGUGAAAAAACAAAAACAAACAAACCCCGUGGCGCUGUGGACGGGCGUAUCGUCUGCCAUUGUACCUCAUGGACAGAGCCUGUGGACUCAGCCAUAAACAUUUUUAUUUCACACCGAGGAACCGUCGACUAGCAAAGUUUAAUUAUUUGUUUGAUGUAUAUUAGAAAUCCUGUGUUUUCUCCAGCUCCAAUGGAAACUCUAGAAACAGAAAUAUGAAUGAAUGAAUGAAUGAAUGAAUGAAUGAAUGAAUGAAUGAGAGAGAGAGAGAGAGAGAGAGAGAGAGAGAGAGAGAGAGAGAGACCUGCGUUUGAUUCUUGGUGUGCCUUUAUAUUGAGGACAUUCGGUACCAAUAAUUAGAAACAGAACUUCUUCCAGUCACUACAGCUGCUUCUGGAACACUGUUGGUUGCUUUUUUCUGUGUGAAUCAGCUCAGCGAGAGGCUACAGGUGCAUUCCAGAACACAUACUACACACACAUAUGAACAUAUGGCAGCAUGUCCUACUGCAGCCGGGUGAUUCUGUGGACGCACUGUCCUCUGCACGGUGAAGUCAAGGCGUCUUGUUUUUGGAAGAAGCACCUCCAACUGCAUGAAACAGCACCUAGUUUGUAAGUAUAAGUAUGUAAUUUGGAACACAGCUGACAUAUUUGCAUCUGCAGAAUAAGCGGCACAACUGGAGCCCUUAAGGGACCGCAGUGAAAAGAUCUGUAUCGAGGAACAGCUCGGUGUUUGACAUUCACAGGCCUCCAAACAGUCGUAUAUCAGAGUACACCCGGAGAACAAAACUGUUUUGUCCGACGUGUUUUCUGGUCGUCACUCUAUCUGCCGCCCUCCACAGUGGUGGGCUUGUUUCCUCGGGGUCCUGCACCGUUCUCCGCUUUGUCAGAUGUCUGGGAACCUCGAUCCGUUCUUCAGACAUCCUAGAAGAAUGUGAACAUGAUGUAUGGUGUGACUGGAGCGAUUUCCAUGAAAAUAAAACAAAUAAAUCUCUUCAAUCAGG